AUGAACCCAAAAGAUGUCAAAAUUGACGAUUCCUCAAAUAAUAAAGGCAAAAUUAUAAAUAAUAUACCAGAAACCCUGAUACAAAUAUUUUUUAGUUAUUAUAGUGUCAGAAGACAUACCAAAAAUAUAAUCUUUACAUCAUGGGACGAGGCUGAAGCAUUCUUUUUGGAUUACAACGCACCAAAUGGUUUUACAGUUGAUAAAUGCAGAAAAAAGCUUCUAAAACAGGAAUACAAAACAGAACUUUCGGUUAUGCAAGCAUAG